AUGAAAUUGAUUUUUUUAAAGUCACUCUUUUUCAAGAUAACUGCUCUGUCCAUAAAUCAGCUGCUGUUAAAAAAUAUUCUUCAAUAUGAAGAAAAUAACAUUAGGGUACAAUUUAUUCCACCCUCUUCACCAGAUUUAAAUAUAAUAGAAAACCUAUGGCCAAUCUUAAAAAAAAGUAUAGUUCAACGUCGCAUCGCCAAACCUCGUAAACCUUUCGAUGAAUCAAUUCAUCUUUUUUGGUUUAAUAUUGAACAAUCAAUUUUAAAUAAAUUAAAUGAAUCAAUUUCAACCGGAAUAAAUAGAAUAAUUCAAAAUAGAGAAGAGCUUUCAUUAACUGGGGUUAGAUCUGAAAGCGAACUUGGUCUAAGAGUAAAGAAAUUAAGGCUUCACCGACAGCUAGGAAGUAUAGGGGAUAGCUUCUGUUUAUUUAUACUCUGCAUGAACUAA